GGGAAGUGGGAAGGAGACUGGCAACAGGUUUCACCGCACUGGCCAACAUACUGUACUUAAGCUAGCAGGGACCUCUUUGUAAUAACCUGCAGAGAGAUAUUCUCUCAUAUGGAUAAGUUCAGCCUCUAGCCGUCAGUUUUUCUUUUCACAACGUUUUGUUUUUAUUUUGGUGGAUUUGUUUUUGGAAGAAUAAUAAAGAUGAUUAAGACCAUGUUUCAACAUGCGAAGAAACAUCCAGGGUUAAUCCCUCAAUUUUUCUUCAUGACUCUGGGCAUCACAGGGGCCGCUCUCUACCUUAUUCGUCUGGCAAGAGGGCCGCAUGUCACCCUCUGGAACAAGAACAACAACCCGGAGCCCUGGAGCAAGCUUGACCCAACCUACCAAUACAAGUUUGUGGCCAUCAACACAGACUACAAGAAGCUGAAGAAAGAGGGACCUGACUUCUAAAGGUCCUCCAGGCAACUCCAGGGGCACCAAGUUUGGCAGGACCUCCUGCUGCUAUCUCACUGAUGUGAAACUUCUUCCUGUACAUUUACUUGAUCUUACCUGAUGCUCUGCUACAGAGACUUUAAUUUAAUAUAAUAUACACUGUGAACAAAAAUAAAGAAAGAUCACCCAAGA